AUGGACAGGGAGAAAGGAGCUUCAAUUAAUUCUCCUGGAGUGCCAAAAGCCUUAUCCAAAGUAGAUAACAUUAUACAAGGAAAGGGAGAAGAGGACGAAGGCAUGCUGCCAGAAGAGAAAGCUCUCAAGCCUUAUACGUUGCAUUGCCAAAACCAAUUCCCAGAAGAUGAAGCUGUAAUAGUUUUGGUAGUAGGUAUACCAAUGGUAGUUCUAGGAAUCGGAGGCGAAGUGUAG